UGUAAACAUACAAUUAUUAUAAACUGCGAGUAGGAAAACUUUUUCUUUACAGUUUGUGAUAAAUGAUAGUAAUAUGAACCAUUCUAUAUAGUUUGUGGUAUGAACUAUGAUGAUGCACUUUAUCUCUUCAGAUUUCUGAUGAAUUAUUGAAAUCAUGGAUAACAAUAACACAAAAAGUAAUAACUUUUGCAUAAAUUGUUUGAAUGCAGAUGAAAAUACGUCUUUAAAAUGCUACGAAUUAAGAAAUGCGACAUUGAAAUCGUUAUUUCAGACGGAGAUCUUAAAUGUUUGUUACCUUUGUUCUAAAAUAUUAUACAAUGCAGAGGCACUUAUAGAAAAUGUUUACAACAAUCAGAAGUACUUACAAAAUCACGAAGAAAUUACAGAUUCAGUAAUACAAGCAGCAAAAUUACAUACACAACCAUUCAUAACUUUGUCCCAAUGGCACAAUAUUCUAGAAAUAAAUCCUGAUGAUUCAACGGAAGAUGACUCAAUUUUUGUCUAUAGUACAGGAACUGCUAAAGAUUCUGUGAAACAUGAGGUAAAAGAUGAGAUUUUAGACUAUUUAGAUGCAGACUUCAUGCAAAAUAGUGAUUUAGACAACAACAUUGAAGAAGAUUAUUUAGAUGUACCAUUGAUACAAUUUACGAAAACGCGAAGAAAAAACUCAAAAAAGUUCAAGAAAAAAAUUAAAGUUCACAAGGAGGAUGUUAAAUUAAAAGAGGACAACCAUAUCGUCAAAUGUGUAAAAGAUUCCAUAGAAUACAUUAGAUUGAAAUUGACAAAGGCACAAUGUUUAGAGGAGCUAAGAACUAUGGCAGACGAUGAACAGUUCAAAACUGCAACAUACAAAUGCAUGGACUGUGUCAAAUGGUUUCUAUACAGGGAUGGCUAUGAAAAACAUAUGACCCAACAUGAUAAGAUAAGCGGCGAAUACAAGUGCGAUAUCUGCAAGCAACGAUUUGAGUCCCUUCAAAAAUUAAUGUCACAUAAACAAAGCCAUAUCGUUAGGUACAAGUGUCCCGUAUGUGACCUCACUCGGAGCACGUUCAGGACUAUCAGGGACCACUACACCGCGAACCACGCAGGUAUACCGCGAGAACAGUUCACUUGUGACCAUUGCCGGAAGACUUUUAAACAGCAAGGGUCUCUAAGGAAGCACAUGGACUACGCUCAUCGCAGCAUCUCACCCGCGCAGUGUGACUUGUGCAAGAAGAUUUAUAAGACGAAGAAAACAUUGCAAGCACAUCUUAUUAGGAAGCACCGGUCGGAACUAUCAGCGGGGGAAGCCCCGAGUCGGACGUUCGAGUGUCCGGAGUGCGGCAAGGCGUUCGUCGCGCCGUCGCUGCUGCGUCUCCACAUGACCGCGCACUCUAAUACCAGAGAUUACUACUGCGUCGAGUGUGAUAAGAGUUUCAAGUCUGAAAUAGGACUGAAGCAGCAUUACAAAAUUGCUGCGACGCACGCCAAUACUGCCGAAUUAUCGUUCGGCUGCGACCUGUGCGACCGGAAGUUCCGGUGUCGGCGCGACCUGGAGCGCCACAAGAACAGGGAACACCUCCAAAGACGACCCUUCCAGUGCGACAAGUGUGAAAAGAGCUACCUGUCACUGUGGAGCAUGUCGGAGCACAAGCGGCGCGCGCACGAGGGCUACAAGCGACCCUUCGACCACCACUGUCCCAUGUGCGACAGAGUGUUUGACCGUAGCACAACAAUGCGGAUGCACAUCAGGACGCACACGGGCGAGCGGCCGUACAAGUGUCCGCGGUGUCCGGCGGAGUUCGGCCAGGCGGGCGUCCGGAGCACGCACAUCAAGCUCGUACACCUCAAGCUCACGAGGGACGGCCGGCCCAAGACAUCGGUGACUGUUAAGUAAUGCGUCACCACUAGUGUCCGCGGUGUCCGGCGGAGUUCGGCCAGGCGGGUGUCCGGAGCACGCACAUCAAGCUCGAGCUCACGAGGGACGGCCGGCCCAAGACAUCGGUGGCUGUUAAGUAAUACGUGGACAGACAUUUCAGACACUUAUAUUAUGUAAAAUGUUUCAAGUAUUCAUAUCAAACUAGAUGACGCC